GUAAUGUUAACAGAUAGGCAACAAUGACUUGCAAGAAUACAGCAUUUAUCUUGCUAUUAUUCUCAUUUAGUGGUAUCCUCAGCACCACAACUGAUACCUAUAGCAUUGUUGUACUUUACCUUCGCUACAUUUGAUAAUAAUUCACAAUUUUUAAAUGUCAAGAAUACAAAAACUGGAGCAACAGGUGGUACGUACACCGCUCUCCAGCUCAUCCGCCAGCAUGUGCGAGCCCAACACCGCUGAGGAGUGGGUGCCGACCGUCGGCGACCGCGUCUGCUGUGACGGCCAGCGCGCCACCGUCCGCUUUGUGGGCAGUGUGACCGGCGCCGACGGUCUGUGGGUCGGCGUCGAGUGGGACAACCCGGAGCGGGGCAAACACAAUGGAACUGUCAAGGGAAAACAGUACUUCAUGACCAGCCACGCGACGGGCGGCUCGAUGGUGCGUCCCCGGAAGCUGGCGCGGCCGGUGCAGUGCGCGCAGGCAGUGGUCGAUCGGUAUGGCGCUAUCCUCGACACAGACUCGACCGUGGACCGUCAGGAGCUGGACGCCCUCCAGCAGGAUAUCAACGCCAGAUUUGUACAGGUGAUUGGUCUGACAAAGCUGAACAAAAAGCAGAGCAAGCUGGACCAACUGAAGAACGUCUACCUAAGGGAUAGCUGCGUCGCUGGUGAUUCAUCCCAGCUGCUGGGGCAGCUGUGUCCCAACAUCGAGGAGCUGGACCUGGCGGAGAACCUGCUCAGCUCGUGGGCAGCCGUCGCAGAGAUCACACGACAGCUGCCCAAACUGCGCAUCCUCAACAUUAGUGAGAACCGUCUGGCCGAGCCGGACGCGGCGCUGCGGCCCGCCUUCGCCUCGUUGCAGAUCCUGAUGGCCAACCGGCAGCGCUACACGUGGGAGGAGGUGCUGCAGUGCGCGCCCAUGUGGCCCGACGUCCGGCGACUGACGCUGGUGACGAACCGAAUCCGCUCGCUGGCGCCGCCGCCUCCGGAGGUUUUCCAGCAGCUCGACUCGCUCGAUCUGGACUCCAACCCGAUCGGAAACUGGGCAGAGGUCAUGAAACUGGCCUCCCUGCCAAAACUGAGGGAUCUGGGGCUGGCCAACACUGGGCUACGGCGACUGGAGGUCCCCGAACAGAGUGACGCCCUGUUCCCCGCCCUGCAGGCUAUCGUACUCGACUCCAACCAAAUCGAUGAGUGGAGCUCCGUCUCGGCUCUAGACCGGCUACCAGCUCUGGUGGAUGUCACGCUCCGAAAUAACCCGGUGACGGCCAUCGAAAAACCGGAGACGACCCGGGAGCUCAUCAUCGCGCGCGUCAGCAAACUGCAGGUGUUGAACCGUACGGAGGUGACUCGAGAGGAGCGGCGCUGGGCAGAACUCGACUACCUGCGCCGGUUCGGUCCCGCCUGGCGGGAGGCUGGCGGCCGGCUACCCGCCGCCGAACGCGGCGACGCCUGGCGAGCAUUCCUGCAAACACACCCGCGCUACCCGGCAAUAUGUGAUGCGUGGGGCGCGCCAGAAGACUCUGAGCUGAAGAUCACCUCGGACACUAUCAGCGCCAACAUGGUGUCGGUCCGGCUGGUGCUGCUGACGCGAGAGGGCGAGCAGCUGCGGGACCUCGAGCGCCGGCUGCCGCUUACUAUGCGACUGUCCAAGCUGAAGGUACUCGUCAACAAGCUGUUCAGGGGCAACAUCAAGCAGCUGGAGCUGAGCUACCGUAGUCCCGGCCAGGACGAGAGUCGAGAAAUCGCCAUGGACCGCGACCGAGACCUGCGCUUCUUCGGCGUGGAGGAGGGCGACCUGAUCAUAGCGCGCUACUAGCCGACCGACUAGGUGUUCAGUCAGGGACCUGGUAUUGGCGCUGCUCCGUGAGGGACCAGCUGCCGCCGUCAGGACUUGUCCACUGAAGAGGAUGUACCGGCAAUUCGUGUGAGUUACAGAGCUGUCUGUAUCUCGGUGCUCCGGUAUAAUUGUUGUGAUCGGACUACUAUGCGGAAGUGAAUUGUGAAAUGAAUGGUGCGAUACAGCCUACCGCUCCGAUGGAGGUCUGUCUCGAAAUCGUCACGUUCGGUCGGCUCGGGCCAAUCUGACGGACUAUGCGUGCCGUGUACGCUCGCUAGGGAGGUGCGUCCACGGCGCCAGCUCCUGAAUCAGUCAUUCCCCGUGUCUCGCCGCGCCAGGGACGGACCCGGACGCGGAGGGCCGGUCCUCGCCCUCAGGCCCAGAGUGGCAGAGAGCUGGUCCACAGGUCAGUAGUCACGCUGGAGCCGUCGCGCCGCAGUCCGCACUGCUGCUUGUUACCAGACGCACAGACUCCGUCCGUCGCCUCCGCUGGCUGUGGCGAGCACUGCUGGCGUGUGCUUUUUGUGAUUGUGCGCGGCUGUAAUUGUAAUUGACUGACUGUAAUCCCGGCGCUGCGCGGCGUCUCGAAUGUCUCAUCAGUCCGUGCCUUCCCGUGCGCCAGGCUACCGGUGGGAUGUGAUGACCGCGAGUCGGCAAAGCUGGGAAAACUACCCGAGGCUUGGGUUCCCUGCUGCCCGGCCUGUGUACUGGCGAGGUGCCUUGUUGAUUCUACUUUUAGCCUCCGACACAGGAGGGCCACUCAUGGCACGUUAGCACCUCGCCCUAACUGGUGAUCGCAGCUUUACUCAAUGGAGCGACAGUCAACGAGUCGGGUGAUAACAAUACAGUAUUUAUUAGUGACGUCAACA